UCUAGUAAUUGAUUCCAUCAAUCUCUUUUGUCAUUUCGAGCACUUUCAUCUCUCUCACAACCAGAAGAAGACAAUGGCCGGAAAGGAUCUCAACCAGAAGCUCAAUGAACUCAUCAGCUCCUUGCAAGACCAGGGCAUUCUGGAUGACUACUUUGAUGAACUGAAAGGGUUACAAGAUGAACAAAGUCCACAGUUUGUUACCAACACUAUAACUAUUUACCUUGGUGGAGCAGACGAUACGAUUGCAGAACUCACCAAAAAUCUGAGCGAGCCUGCAGUGAACUAUCCCAGGGUGACUUAUCUUGCGGAUAAACUGAAGGGAAGUAGCAUGAGUAUCGGUGGCGCUCGGAUGGCAGAUGUUUGCGCUGAGCUCUGUGAGGCAAGUGAGGCAAACAAAAGAGAAGCGUGUCUUGCACUCUUUGGAGGGGUCAAUCGUGAAUAUUCUAUCUUGCAGGAGAGUCUGAAUAAGAUUGCUCAGUUGGAGCAAGCAAUUCAUGAUAAUGAGGAGUAGAUCGAGCACAGCUUUUGAACAGUUUUCUCCAAUAGCCGAUCAGAUGUUUCCUUAAAUAAGUUGGUUAUAACAGAACUGAGGAUCUGUUAUGAACUCAUUACCAUAAAUAAUUAGUAAUUCUGUCAUGUUUGUCAUACAUUUUAGGACCCGAAUCUACAUUUUAACUUUAGAAUAAGUUCACUGCUAAGUGAACAUUAUGCACACUGCCUGUAUUGGACUUUUAGGAGUCAGUUUCUGGUGUGGUGAAAGACAUGUAUGCAAGUUUUAUUUAUG